AUGGGAAAAGGAACCGAUAAACUCUACAUCACACAAUCAGAAUGGUCCAGCACCGACUCCCACGGUGCCUCUCGGGGCGCCCGAACCGGUAAAAGCGACGACGCGACCUUUCGUCGUCUACCAUUCAACUACUGCGCCCUCUCCUUACAACCCUACGAACACCCUGUCUGCACGGCCACUGGAGUAGUAUUCGACCUUAUAAAUAUCCUCCCAUGGCUGAAAAAGCAUGGUACAAACCCUGUGGACGGAUCGAAGCUCGAAUCGAAAGAUUUGAUAAAAAUGCACAUGUCCAAAAACACGGAUGAUGAAUAUUGGGAUCCUAUCGCCUCCAAAAUAUUUACGAACAACACGCAUAUAGUGGUUAUCAAGACCAGUGGGAAUGUAUACGCCUACGAGACCGUGGAGAAAUUUAAUAUCAAAGCGAAGUUUUGGAGGGAUCUUCAGACGGAUGAGGAGUUUACGAGGAAGGAUGUGAUUACUAUUCAAGAUCCUCAGAAUUUGGCGGGGAGGGAUAUGUCAAAUUUUAAAUACUUGAAGGAUGGGACAUCGACUCUGACGGACGAGCAGGAGGCUGAGAGGGCGAAUCCGUUGAAUGAUAUCAAUCUGGGGAAUAUUGGGUCUAGUGCUAAAGUCCUCGCUGCGAAAGCUGCGGUUGCGAAGGCUAGGGAGGCUAGAGCGGUACAACAAGCGCAAGGACAGUCGAAGGCAGGUUCAAGUGGAACAUCGGGUUCGAAGGGGAAAGCAGUGGCGUCUAUGCCAGCCAAACCAGCGAUGCCGUAUAAUGCAGCGAAACACACAACCGGGAAAGCGGCGGCGUCGUUUACGUCCACUGGUGUUAGCGUGCACACUGCAGCUGAUCGCGCAUUGUUGACUGAAGAGGAGUUUAUGCUUAAACCCAAGGUUGUCAAAAUCAAGGGUUACGCUAGGGUCUCAACAAAUCUGGGGAAUUUGAAUGUUGAGCUGCAUACAGAAUGGGCGCCUAAAGCGGUCUACAACUUUAUCAAAUUGGCGGAGAAGGGGUAUUACAAUGAUACGGUAUUUCACAGGAACAUUCGGAACUUUAUGAUUCAAGGCGGUGAUCCAACGGGCACAGGACGGGGUGGAACGAGUUACUGGGGAAAGAAUUUUGAUGAUGAAGUUCAAGGCCCUCAUACGCAUGAUGCACGGGGAGUGCUGUCAAUGGCAAAUAAGGGCAAGAACACGAAUGGGUCGCAGUUUUAUAUAUUGUAUCGCCCACAGGCACAUCUUGACAGAAAACACACUGUUUUUGGGAAGGUUGUGGGUGGCCUGGAUGUUCUUGAUCGGAUGGAGACUACCCCCGUAGAUUCGAGUGAUAGACCAACGAAGGAGAUUAAAAUUGAGGAAAUUGUGGUGUUUGUUAAUCCGUUUGAAGAAUUUCAAAGGGAGAGAAUACAGAAGGAGGAAGACGAAAAGACAGCGGAAGAGGUCAAGAGGGCAGGUGGAACCGAAGAUGACAAGACCACUUGGACUGGGAAGAGGCUACGAACCGCGGGAGACGGACAGAGCGGGAAGAGUGGGACUGGUGGCUUGGGAGUGGGGAAGUAUCUGGCUGCAGCGAAGGCCAGUGCUUCGAAGGCCGCAGUUGAAGAAGAUGAGAUAGUUGAAGUGAUUGAAGAUGACGAUACGAGUUAUUACCAAGAACCUAUUCGGAAGAAAGUGAAGGGAAGUGGUGGUUUUGGCAACUUCGAUAACUGGUGA